UAGGCCACAAUUUCGCAAAUAAACAAAAACCAAACGUAACUAAAAACGAAAAGCUUGGUAUGGGUGUGACUGUGCUACAACCGUAUCCUAUGCCCGAGGGAAAAUCUGGCGCCCAUAUCAUCGAUUACCUGGGUAAACGUCUGCUAUCGCUUGGCGCUACGCAUGCUGGUCAAUUUCUGGUCGACUGCGAGACCUUCAUCUCGACACCGCAGCCGCACAAUGGUACACCGGGACGGGCGGUGCAUGUGCUGCACAACUCGGAGUAUCCCGCUUCGACAUUUUCUAUCAUCGACAGUGGCACUGGGAAGCAAGUCUCCCUGGUGGCCGACAGCAUAUUUGAUCUGCUGAUGCUCAAAAUGACCAAUACAUUCACCUCGAAGAAGCAGACAAAGAUUGAAUCCCGUGGCGCCCGGUUUGAGUACGGCGACUUUGUGAUCAAGCUCGGAUCCGUCACCAUGAUGGAGCAUUUCAAGGGUAUCCUAAUCGAGAUCGAGUACAAGUCGUGCAUGAUACUGGCCUACUGCUGGGAGAUGAUACGCGAGAUGCUGCAGGGCUUCCUCAACAUCAAUGUGGGCAAGGAUUUCCCCACGUACUUUGCCACGCAGACCAUCAUGACGGCCAUGGGCCAGCAGCAGCUGCACGCCAAGCACAACGACUUGUACGAGCCCACGGAUACGGUCAAGCAAUAUCUGGAGCAGUUCACCAACUAUCGGAAGCAUGUGUCCAUGCAUGGAUCCCUCAGCGGCACCAGCGGCAUCCAACAGCCCGUCCACAUGUCAUCCUCCCCGGUGAUGGGUGCCGCGGGAGGCCUAGUCUUGAUCCGAUCCUGAUGCGAGGUCAAGCUGGAGCCGCCCGAUGCUCCUGCAGUGACAAUGGAGACUGACUGAACGACGGAAUAUUCAUUGAAUUAAGAAAGCAACUACUCAAUUGUUUUUUUAUUUUAAUGUAUAUUUUUAACGCAAUAGUUAUAUAUAUUAUAUAUAGAUGUGUGUGGGGCAGGGUGAGUGUGUUUUCUCCUUUUUCCAUGUCUGUGUGUAGUCGUCUUAAAAAAAUAUAUAUAGCUGGAGUACAAAAAUUUUGAAUUUUUUCUCUUCAGUGUUGGUUUCUUUGUUUUGUGGAUGGGGGUUUUUCAAUGAGUUUCGUUUUUUGUACAACAAAAAAUUUUUAUCCUGAUUUCGCAUCCAACUGUUAUACAACGGAAAACUAAAAGGGGGAUUUGGGGUCGGAGGAAAAGUGUAAGCUUCUUAUAAUAUAAAAUGCAAUCGUUCUUCUUUUGAUGUUAAAAAAAAAAGCCAAAAAAAAUGUUCACCGCAAAACGAAAAUGAUUUUCUACCUGGGGUUCAUGGUUCAAUGUAGUAUAUAUGUAUAGUAUAUAUAUAUAUAUAUAUGUAUAGAUAUACAUUAAACAUAAUUAUGUAUACGCCGUGGCGCUAGUCUUCUCACACACACACGAAAAGAAACGUAGUAUCUAUGCAAGAUGUUCUUUUUCUUGAGGAAGUACAAGAAGUAAGUAAAUUAAAUCAUCGUGUGCUUAACUAUAGUGAAUAACAAUGUGUUUGGUUUUACACACACAAGCUCUCAAAAGAACAGGGAAAAAGGAAUUAAUGUGCCACCCAUUCCAAGGGUCAUCCAAAGCUUACAUGGGAAGCAAUGAUUGUAACUCUAUUUGGAAACAUUUUGCACGGGUACAGUAUACUCUUUUAUGUUUGGACAUUCAAUGCUGCGCCAGCUUUUGGCAACAGUUUUGCUUCUGAUUUAAUUUACUUUAGCCUUAAUUUUGCUUUCAUAAAGGUUCUAACUGACUGAUUGCCUGCCUGCCUGUGUGUGUGUGUGUUUGUGUGUGUGUGUGUGUUUGUGU